AUGGUCCUUCUAGCCCUUAGCCCGAGCCUGGUCACCUCUGGCAGCUCCAGGACAUGUGAGAUCUUGUCGGCCGGCCUCAGCAAGCUGGCGGCCAAGAUUGAUUUCAGGUCAGUUUGGCUUAACCUCCAGGCAGACAACUCUUCGAAAGAGGUUAAGAAUGUUGGAGCCCUUCGCUUGGUGGGGUUGUGGAUUUGUCUUCGCAAACUGGGGGGUGCUCAGAUCUCAUUCUUGAGUUCUGGGCACUCCCACGAAGACAUAGAUGCUAUGUUUAGUGUCAUCAGGGCUCAUCUGGAAAGAAAUCAUGAACUACCAACACCAUUGGCCUUCCGUGAUUGCCUUCGGUCUUUUUUUGAUGACCCUCACCAUCGUCCCCACGAACGGUUGCGGUGUGUUGAACUGUUGUCUCGGUACAAGGAUUGGACCAACUGGACAUCGUACCUCUUUGAUCACAUGAGGCUCAAAGGCAUUGGUGGGACCAAACAGUGGAUGAGCGAUGGAACUUGGCAGCCCACCACCUUCUUGUUUUUGCCAGCCUCAGUGGCAAGAGCUGCCCAAGUCUUUACCGAGACGCCCGUGAACCCUCUGUCAAACGAGAACAAGGCGUUGCGUAAGUAUGCCCAGCUGAUGCGUCGAGACCCUUUUGACAUGAUCGAUGCAGCCCAACAGCUGGAGGAAUUGUCUUAUGGAUUUUUGGAUCCUACCUUGCUGGACACCAGCUGGGCUCUACCACAACACGGUGCAGCAGCCGUGGGCCGUUCCGCCCUGCCAACGGUGCGGGGGAGGUGCUUCGCACUUUACAGAGCUGCAGCUCAGCUGUGGAGACAUGGGGUUAACAUCGCCCAUGCAAUUGAGAUUGUCACCGAAGCUGUGCAGGAAUCCAUGCAUCAAUAG